UGAAAAUGGAAAAAGUCCUAUAAAAUCCCUCAUGGAGAGAGUGUUAUCCAUCAAUCUGUGGCAUCUCCUCUCAGAGCAAAGGUGUCAAUAUUGAUCUCUCUCCAUCUACAGAGGAAUCUACAGCUUUCACAACCCUUCAGUUUAAGAACACUCCAGUGUCCACUGCAACAUCCAAAAUGAAGAAUAUUCUGGGGCUCUUAUUUCUCGGCUUACUCUUUGUCGCUUUCCAGGAGGAGGUAGAUGCAAAGAAUAUUUGCAUCAUGAGGCAAGAGUACAGAUAUAUGGGAGGGUACUGUUUUCAGCGAGGCGUUGGUAAAUGCGGGGGCGCCGUCAUCAAAAGAGGAUGCCGCAGAAAGUGCUCUCUCUGCGUCCCAGAACAACCCGGCCAGUCCUAUUGCCAAAGUCUGGGAGGUUACUGUCUUCAAGCGAAUGGACAACAAGUCUGCAAUGGCAUACUAGAUCCUCCUGGUUGUGGAGACCCUGGAUGCCAUUGUUGUGUUCCUACUGCUGGUAAGAACAACGAUGGACAAUGAUGAACAAAAGAUGGGGAUUUAUUUGAGUAUAGACAGAAGACAAAGCAUGCCCAAGAGACAGAGAGAACUCUAUUUUAGUUCGGAUAGAGGAGAAAGCAUGUAACAAGAGAAAGAGGGAGAGACUUGAAUAGUAAUUAGGUGAAACAUUGCUGUGAUGACUAAUCCCAUUAAAGAGAGAGAGUGGGAGUUCUCUGGGCGGAAGGAUUAUACAGGGUAGCCUAUCUGACGAUCCGUAAUUAUUUGUAUCUUCAAAUAGAAUAUUGGGGUAUCCAUUAGUAAGCAUAUUGGGGUAUCCAGUAGUAAGCAUUAUCAUAAAUACAAAUCAUGAUCUUUAGCAAUCAUUUUUGGUCUGUGCCUAAUUCCAACCAAAAAAGUCUAUCUAGCAACAAUGAAUUUGUCUACAGUAAAUUUAUAGGUUCUUUCUAGAAAAAAAGCAAAAUAAUCCUCCUACGAUACUCUACGGAAUCGUGUGAAAAAUGCAGGACUUAUCUGACCUUGACAUUUAUAGGAAAGUAAAAAGAGUGAGACCAUGAUUAUUACUCAUCCGGAUUGGUUGCUGGCGUCCAUCCAUUGCAACGAAGAAGCUUCCGCGGGUGCGGUUCUUCACUUUCACUGCUGUCCAUCAGUUCCUUUUGCCUAAAAGGAACAAUACCUUAUUUGAUAUCCUGCUUCACUUUCCUUGGUUUGUCACGUAGUUGUUAUUGCCUCUGCAACGCCAUAGGACUUAGAAAUAACUCCUGGGUCUAAAUCAACAUUUGUAAGUGCGCCUACCUGAAGUUAUUGUAGCUGAUCUCAAAUAAAUAUGGUUUUCACUUCU